UAUUCUCUCGGUUAAGCUAAAAUAUUUUGUCUCCAAUUAAGAACUCUUUGAACUUUCGUUGAAGGAAUGGCUCGUGCAGCAGGACUUGUAAAAAUCUUUCACAAGCUGCUUCUCGCGAUGAUGUGUAAGAAUUUCAAGUUGAGAAGAUGCGAUAACGGAACAUUUUGUUUCUCACGGCUCAGAUGCAAAACGAACUUCAAGCGAUUUUUACCAGGAAAGAAUUUUCUGACCAGAGCUGACAAACAUUUGAGAAGCGAUCAAGAACUGUGCCUUCCAUCUGCACGAGAAGUGUUGCAGCCGAUUUACGUCACAGAAAUCACACGAAACUUCCCAUCAGAAAUUUUGAUGCCUUUUGCUUCAGCGAGGGAUGAGCUGGACGAAAUUAAAUUUUUUGGCAAUGGAAACCACGAUAAAUAUCUACUCAGAGAAUCCGAUAUUUCUGCUGAUUCUGAGGAAAAUGUUAUAUCUGAGAUUUUUGCGUGGGUUUACAGAAUGGAAAUUACAGAGGAAGACUUUUCAGAUGGGUUGUCGGCUACUACAUCUGUUUGCGAGAAAUGAUUUUCUCAGAAGAAAAAAUUGGAGAACAACUCAACUAAUUGCUGCAAUUUUACGAAUUUAGAGGAAUACUGCCAGCGAUUGGCUGGUGCUGUCAUAGCUGGCCAAAUAAUAAUACUUCAUUUGAAAGCUGUCUCAGUCAGUCUAGAAGUUGUAAAUAAGAUCAGGCUGAUCAGGGAAUAGGCCUUAAACUGAAUGAAUCAUUAUACUGUCUAUAGAAUGACUGCUGUUUCACAACCUGUCAUUUUAGCAGUUUCAAUUAUAACGGUAUUUUUCUUUCCUCCAUUUUGUUUCCUUCAGAUUUUCAGCAGUAAAAUUUGUUACAUUUGAACUAUUGAACUUCUCAGGCGGAUAACAGGUUUCUUGUAUUUUCACCUUUUCACGUUAUUUGUUUCAACCAAAGAGAACAUUUUUCAUAAUCAAUCGUAAAACUUGAACAAACUCAAAACAGCUGGAAUUAAUCAUAUUUAGAAACUUUCCAAGCACUCGACUUUGAAUUCAUGAACUCAGGAUCUGAAAUAUCGCGACUGUAUUUCAACAACUUCAGAUUUGAUUGCAUGAUUCUCAUUU